AUUUCGUGCUCCGUUUUUCAGACUGGACGUGAUCUGGUGAUCGACACAGUCACACUACAUAAUCAUUGUAUGUUCUUUUGUUAGCUGACACGUACCUUUACUUAGUCCCACCCAGGCAAAUACUUCUGUGCUGCUAUUUUUACUAUUAUGGACGUAGCUACUACGGCCGUGGUGCAACAAUAUUUUUUGGAAGGUUUUGUCCAUGACUGUAGCAAUUAUUUGUAGGUGGUAGGUGACGAUCUCCUACAAAACCAACUACAAAGCAUUUGAGCGUGUCAUCAGAACUAACUUAGUAACUACUUCAAACGUAGAUUUACGGACAAGUGAUAGUGCAUGCAGUGCAUGCUCGUCAAAGUCUGAAACAAGUAGGUUGCAACAGAUCAGGAUAGUGCAUUGAGAUGUCAUCGACGCUGGGUUCUUCGGGUCGCAGCGGCAGCAAGGUAGCUGCCCCGCUACCAAGCGCUGCCGACGACAAUGCAUUCGAUGCAGCGUCGGAGGCCGUGCGCGACGCUAUUGCUGUGUUCGAGCUGAUGCGCGGCGCAACCUUGUUGAAGGCAGUGAAAAAUGGCAAGCCUCACUUCCGUACGUUCAGCUUGUCAAAGGAUUUGACACGCUUGACUUGGGUGUCUCCAAGCAAGAGCGCGGCUGAUGCAUCUGUGCUGAUAAGCCAGGUCUCAAGGAUAGUGCGUGGUCAAACAACAAAGGUCUUUGAAAGCAACCCUAUUCCGGAGUACAGCCAUUUGUCCUUAUCCCUGCUGUAUGACACAAAGAAGUCGCUGGACAUUGUGUUCUCCGAUCAGAAAAUGUACGACAUCUGGCUUCACGGCCUGCAGGCACUCGUCGAUGGCUUUUCAGACAUCAAAGCGGUUGCUGAAGUUGCUAAACGUGUAGGAUCAACCACCCAGUCGGAGAAUGUAAAAGUGAAGGUUGCAUUUGAUACCCUCGGCCAAGCUAAAGUAUCUUUCACGGAAGAGGCGUGUGACAUCUACACGUGGGGAAGAGCACAGCGCAGUGUACUCGGUCAUGGCGAUGAGAAAGAUCAGAAGGUGCCGGAGGUGCUCGUGCCUCUGCUGGGCCGUAACGUCAAGCUGAUGGCACUGGGAAAGCUGCACACCAUAGCAUUGAUUGAGUCGGAUGAUGAAGACGGCGAGAUCUACAGCUGGGGAUCAGGUCAGUACGGUCGCCUUGGACACGGCAAUCUGCACGAUCGCUUUCUGCCGUUGCGUGUCGCCGGCGACCUCUCCGGCGUUGACAUUGUACACAUUGCAUGCGGAGAGUUCCACUCGGCUGCAGUCUCUGACAAAGGCGAACUCUUCACAUGGGGUCGGUCAUCCAGUGAGCCCUGUGGGCGACUGGGCUAUGACUGCCCGCAACGCUGCUUCAAACCGAGAUUGGCCAGCAGUCUUGCAGGCAUCACAGUGUCCUCAGUGGCGUGUGGCACGCAUCACACAGUCGUGCUGACGGAAAGCAAUCAGUUACUAUCGUUUGGCGAAAACGAAGAUGGACAGCUGGGUCUCGGCCAUACCAAGUCCGUGACCGCACCGCAGCAGAUACAGUUUCCAGCACCGGUCGAUGUAGAUCCAGACGCUCCGGUGCCCGGCAUCACAAAGGUUGCAUGCGGCACGAGGCACAAUGCAGCUCUUUUUGAGAAUGGAACUGUAUUUACGUGGGGAUCCAAUGAGUUUGGCCAGUGUGGCCAAGGGGAGCCAGUCAAGAUCCUGGCACCUCAGCUAGUGGAGGCGCAGCAUAUUGAAUUUGACAUGGCCGAUGUAGCAUGUGGAGACGCCCACUCAGCAUUCGUCACCUGCGGUGGUCUUGUUUUCACGUGUGGUGACAAUACCGACAGUCAACUAGGAUUGGGCCAUUGCCACUGCAAGCCCGAGCAUCGCGUGCCGCAGCCGUUCUCCAUCGCCGGCAUCAAGGUUGUGCAGGUGUCCUGUGCGUACAGGGCGACUGCAGCGCUAUCAGAUCAGGGCAAGCUGUACACGUGGGGUUGCAACAAUAAUGGUCUGCUUGGUCAUGGCGAUCUUAGACCCAGAGCGCAGGCGACUGAAGUGCAGGCGGUGUGCGACAAGCAGGUACGCUCCGUGUUCUGCGGCGCCGAGCACAUGGCCAUCACCGUAAUGCGCUCCUGGGUGCCGGACGACGAAGCCAAGCAGUGCAUGAUGUGCAAAAAGAAGUUCACCACCGUCAGACGGCGGCAUCACUGCCGCCAAUGCGGAGGCAUAUUCUGUGGCGCAUGCACGACGAAACGGUUCCCAUUGUUGGACAAGGGGUACAAUGAGCCGCAACGUGUGUGCGACAAAUGUCACGCUUUCCUGUCUCAGAAACAGUCUAAGUAGUUCCUGUAAAUACACCCAGAGCUAUGUUUACCGCAACUCAUCCAUCAACAAAGGCGAUUGCUUUUUUUUCUUAAUGAGAAGACAGAUAUUUUGGCUGCAGGUCAGCCGGUUAUGCUUUUUUAUCUUGCCGAUAUUUUCAGAUUCUAUUUCCUGUGCUGAUUGUUGCGGGUCUGGUGUCAGAAUGAUUUUAUUUCGUCCAACCCCCCAAUCCCCAAGAAAGCAUUCGCCACUUUUGUUCUACUUUUCUAAUUAUGUCCGUGAGAGGACAAUAUUCGUUUCCGAAAACGUCUUUCUAAACGUAGAGGUGAAGGUUCGCAACGAAACACCAGAGUCCCAGUACUCAUGUUCUCUCCAUUGAGUUUUCUUAUAUUUUAUAAAUAAUUAUACUUACUACAAUUGCAGCAAUUUCGAUGUACCACCCUUCCUCCUACAGAGUCCAUAGAAAGGCCUGGAGCUCCAGUGUUGUACAUUUGGCCUGUAUGGAUGCAUUGUACCUUUCACCACGAUCACUUGACCUGACUGCACUACUCGCACUGCAGUAUGCACACAGGACAGUGCGAAUGCUUUUAAAAUGCUUUAUACAUGUAGCUACGCGUUGCCGUGUUGACGUUGGUGACCGGUGGAUACAUCAUGUUUCACUAAGCACCAAGAGGCAUGAGCAGGUCUUCUUUCAAUAACACAUCUCCGCAGCGCGUUGUCAGCGAUGCGGAAACGCAGAAAUCUUG